UGCAUAACUCUAGCAAGAAUGUCAACUGCGUGCAGUUUUUCUUUUUACAUGAAACGCGAAAGUGAAAAUUUAAGGCACAAAUCAAAAGAUAGCAAGUGACGUCCACACAAUGAAACACUUUUAUCAUGGUUAGCUUGGGUCCUAACUAUAAUAUGAGUUCAGGUGCAAGUUUCUUAGCAGACAAUCCGCAAAAUAUGGAAGACGACCGGCAGAACCUUUGCGACCCAGUUUUAAGUGCGGACUCGAAUAAUCGUUUUCAACCUCUUAAGACGAUUCCGGUAUUCAGUCUUCACAACGCGAUUUCACUGUUUAUCUCCUUCAUCGGCAUAAUUUUAGCAGCUACUUGGGAGGAUGGCAAAAGAUGCCAGGCUUAUUUUAUUAUGCUUUAUUUGCGAGCAUUUUUCUGGGUGAUCACAUUUAUUUUCCACCAUUAUGUCCACGGUCAUCAUAACAAACUGCGGCUCAAUGGACACUUAGAAUUUUACAAGACGCUCGAAGUUCAUCGCUCUAUGCCAUUGACAAUUGUAUCAUUGUGGAACACAGCGGUUUUGACAAUACAAACAUUAAUUCAGCAAUAUUAUGGCAAUCAUUUUGGUGAAGAAUGUAUUAGAGGUUGGUUGUCGCCCAUUGUCUACAUUACGUCAUUUUCCAUCCUAGAAUCAACGGUGCUUUCGUUCGUGCAUAUCAACUAUAUAUCAAAAGUGGCGAAUUUCAAUAAAACUGCUCCUCUUCCGGAUGCUUUGCGGGGUAGCCGCCCUGGAGCCGGCUACGUUGGACUUAUGCAGCCUGGCGCUGACGUAACAGAGUUGUUGGAAAAACAGGCGGAUGUUAUAUCUUAUUUAAAAGACCAUAACAUUAAGCUUAAUCAAAAACUAAUGCAGUUGAAUGCUCAAAUGCGAACAGCGAAUAUGCCACAGAAUAAUGUUUAGUGUGUCAGUAUAUGGAACAAAUCAAAUAUUUUUUAUACAAUUUUAAUUGUGACUAAUGAACGUAAAAUAUGAAAUAUAUUUUAAGUGUGUA